AUGAAAAUCAGAUCAGGCAUUCUGCCUCGCUUGAAGCAGUUGAAACUUCCAGAGGAGUUCAUCGUGGAAGAUCAGAAUGGUUGCGAUGUCACGCUACGUUCGUUCAUUCAGUGGCAAAGAAUGCACGCCCGGCUGUGGUUGAAACUUCCAGAGGAGUUAAUCAUGGAAGAUGUCAGGCUACGUUCAUUCAGUGGCAAAGAAUACACGCCUGGCUGGGAUACGUUUUAUUCUUUUUUCUCUGUUUUUCUCUGUAAUUUAACAUUAAGAGGACUGGCACCGGUUUUGGAGGACAUUGUAGGAACCGGAAAGCAUUCAACAUUCUGCCUUUGUCGAAUGGACGACGUUAAUGGUCGGUGCAAUGGAGUCAACAAAGAUUUCUCUACAAUUUCAGAAUUGGAGAAAGAAUACAGAAGCCUAACAAACAAUGCCAUUCCGUACCAGUCUCUGGGCUUCAGAUCCGUACUCGAGCUACUAAAAAGUUUCUCCAAAUCUGAUGUGGAAUUUAAAACCAUGAACAACAUGGUUUACUGCCGAGCUAUUGUAAAUAGUAAAACUAGCCAGGUGAACAGAUCGUUUAUAAACGACCCAAUGUUCGUUCAGAAGCUGGAGAUCAUUGAGUUACUGAAAUCAUUCAGAAAUGGCCUCAAACUGGAGCAUUUUCACGAGGCUUUCGGCAAAAGAUUCGGAAGAUAUUUAAAUAUACACAUAUCAGAGAUUUUGGGGUAUUUGAAAGAAAUACCAGAAGCAGUUUAUUUGAGAAGAGAGCAAGGUUACAUCGUUAUAUACCCUGCAGUUAUGAUGACAACCAAUCAGAGGACUCUGCCUUCAAACGCUGCCCAGACGAGACCCAACAGAAACAACAACAACAACAACAACAACAACAAAAUAAAUAACAUUUCAUUAGCGUCUUCACCAGAUAACAAUAAUAAUGUUAAUGUAAUCGUUCAAGCAUCAGCCAUGAAAACAUCAACAAUAACAACAACAGCAAUCAGUGGCCUGUCGGAUAUAGUAUCUACACUUAAUAAGGAAGAGUGCCUGUGGUUUUUCGACACUGGCCAUUUUAAUUCCAUCGACCAAUCCAGCAAUUCGACUGGAGAUUUCAUCAACUUUCCGGAACUGGCCCUAGCAAAUUCUGAUAUGUUGCUAUGUAAAAUGAUGGAUUACCUAAGCAAUGAAUACGUCAGUCGAGGAAAAAUAUUGAUAAAGUUGAAGCCGUAUCUCGAUCCACAGACAAAUAUACUUUACAAUACUGAAUACAUACUGAAUGACUCCGUGGUAGAUAACAUCAUCAUCAGCAACAACAACAACGGCAUUGACGUCAUCAAUAAGAGCGGUGACGUCAUCAUCAACGGCAGCAAGGAUGAUGAUGACGUAAAUGAUGAUAAUAGUGACGUCAUCAACGACAAUAAUAAUAAUUAUUAUAAUAAUAAUAUCAAUAACAAAACUACGACAAAGUACAAAGAACACUUAUUGAAGUACCCAAAGAUGUAUGAAAUAAUGGUGUGCGAGGUCAACAGGGAGGAUGAGUGUUUCUACUUUCAGCUGAGCGAACAAUCGAGUAACAUCGAUAAAAUUAUGGAUGAUUUACAGACAUUCUACGAAUCGAAAGUCGGAAGCCUUUACAGGGUCCCGACAUCGUACAUAAAAGUUGGACUGGUGUGCGUGUCGCUGUUUGAUGGAGUCUGGCACAGAUGCGUCGUUCUACACGUCCACUAUGACAGUGUCCAGAUCCACUAUGUUGACUUUGGAACUCGAGGUACUGUGCCCAAACAAGAAUUACGAUUUUUAAGAAAAUGCUUCUUUACAAUGGAGAUGCAAGGAUUGAAAGGAAGGUUCUAUCAAACGAAGCCUGCCAAAAAUGGGAGAUGGUCUGCAGAGGCAUUUGAUUACAUUUUUAAUUACGUUUCUGAAAGAACCCUCAACACCGUCAUCUUGGGAUUUGAUGAUGACGGUAACUAUUUACUUAAGCUUUUGUAUGCUCCUUACAAUCUCGAUGAUGACAACAACAACAAUUACAUCAACAACAACAACAACAAUUACAACAACAACACUGACAACAAGAUUAACAGCAACAACGAUUUGAUAGCAUUUAAUUUCUUCAAUGACGUUCUAAUAGCAAAGGGUUAUGCCGUACACAAAGACGAUCUUACAAGAGAACAGUUGAGAGCCAAAAUGAACAUAUUUGAUGACGUCAGUACUGAUGAUGAUGACGACGACGAUGAUAACUAUACUAAUACUAGUAAUGAUGAUGGCGAUGAUGAUGAUAGUGACGGUAAAGUCGGUUCUGGUGACGUCAGGUCACGUAAUAAAGCAGGGCGACCAAUGGCAGAAGAGAUAGUAAUUAAAGUACCUAAGAAUAAUAUAAUCAAGCACCACAAGCUGGCCAAGGAUGAAUAUGAAGCCACACUGAUCAACCUGAAUGAUACGGGCUACAUGGCCAGUUGUGACGUCUCAUCAUUUCUAUGGGAUGAUGACGUCGACGCUUUUCCUAUCGUGAUUUUGACAAAGACAAUGAGGCAGCUCUCAAUACACUUACACACGCAUCCAUACCUGUUCCAUAUCCUGAUGAGGGAUGUGCCUAGGCUAAGGAAAAAUAACAAUGGAGAUAUGGCAUGCAUCACACUUUACGAUCUAGACGAGUAUAAUUAUUAUUUUUAUUUUUUUCUGCAUCAACAACAACAACAAAAUCGACUUUCAUCACAUCAACAACUACAAAACCAAGAACAGGGACCACAUCAACUGCCACAACAACAACAUCAACAACAUAAUGAACAACUCUUCGAAAAUCUUCGUCAAUUUUUCCAGAAGGAGCAACUUUUGCAGCAGCAGAGGCAGCAGCUUUCUCAGCAAAUAGCCCAGCUAACGGCUGAAGAGAAGGUACAGCUUGCGCAGCAGCUGGUUCAAUUCUAUCAUACUGCUAAUGCAGCUGUCACUUCUACAGCUUCCGCUAAUUUGGAAAGGCCUGUAGGUCCAGAACUAAAUACGCUUAGCUUAGCACUUAGCAGCACCAACGACAAUAACAUCAACAACGACAGCAACAUCUUCAGCAGCUACUACAACAUCAACAAGAACAUCAUUGCUGCUGACACUAACAUUUAUAGCAGUAACUACAACGCCAUCAGCAACAGCAACUCCAGCACUAACAGCAUCGUGACUCCAACAGAGCCCAAAUAUUUAUUAGUCAUUCCAAACAACAACAACAUCAGCAAUGGCAAUUUGUUGUAUGUUAACAACAAUACGCCUGUCAACAACAAUCCCAGCGGUUUGAUUGGAUUUCAACAACACCAACAACAACUCAACUAUCCUGUACAAUAUUUGCAACAACAACAAUUUAUACCACAACAGCAACCACAACAGUUUCAGAACUUUUAUCAUUAUCCUGUCUGCAACAGAAGUAUAUUAAUACCACAGCAAUAUCAAAUGUUGCAACAACCCCCAACAUUUCAACAACAACAACCGAUCUUCCAGCAAACACAACAACUUCCAAAUGUGAUAUCACAUCAGCAACAGAAUGUGAUGUCACAGCAACAAAAACAAAAUGUGGUAUUACAACAACAGCAGCAGCAGCAGCAAUAUCAAAGAGCCAUGUUGAAAGACUUAACAUACCAGCACCCAGUGAAUCAGAGUAUAUUAACAACAUCUCAACAAAGUCUACAACAAAAUUUAAUCAGUCGAUCAUCCAAUCAAAUACUAUCCCAUCGGUUAGUCGAUUUUACAAAAAAACGAAUAUAA